AGUAAUGAAUGGCAUGAGCAUUGCUUUACUAUUUUUGACAAGCCAUAUCAAUGCGCUACCUUGGAACAUACGCUACCUAAUAUCGGUUUGAACUUUUAUUCACAUUUAUUCACUAGGCAUAAACCAGACAAGGAGAAGAAGAAGACCGAGUUGGACUAAUUAGUCUACUACUAACUCGAAUCAAUAACCUAACUGAAAACUGACACAAGCAUCUACAUUUUCAUAUUUGUCAAGCCGAAAGGGAUCUUGCUUCUGGACAUGUGAAUCAAAGGAGUUUACUGCGAACCCCUGAAAAUGAAGCUACUAGCAUCGGUUCUGUGUUGCUUGGGCUUUCUGCUCACUUCUGCGCUGUUUCGGAGGAUCUCUUCACAAGCAGUAUGCGCCGGCACAGAGAACAAGCUGAGUACUCUGUCAGACCUGGAGCAGCAGUACCGCACCCUAAGGAAGUAUUAUGAGAACUGUGAGGUGGUGAUGGGGAACCUGGAGAUCACCAGCAUCGAUCGCUCCAGAGACCUCUCCUUCCUCAGGUCUAUCCGUGAGGUGACAGGCUAUGUGCUGGUGGCUCUGAACCAGUUUGACUACCUGCCGCUGGAGAACCUGAGGAUCAUCAGAGGAACUAAGAUGUAUGAAGACCGCUACGCUCUGGCGAUCUUCCUCAACUACCGCAGAGAUGGGAACUUUGGCCUGCGCCAGCUGGGACUGAAGAACCUCACAGAGAUCCUACAGGGUGGUGUCUAUGUCGACCAGAAUAAGUUCCUGUGCCACGCAGACACCAUCCACUGGCAAGACAUCGUCAAGAACGCCCGCGUCAGCCCUCUGGUUGUGCCAACCAAUAGCAGUGUUACAUGUCAGAAGUGUCACGUCUCCUGUAAUGGUCGCUGCUGGGGCCCAAAGGAGGACCAGUGUCAGACCUUGACUAAAACCGUGUGUGCUGAGCAGUGUGACGGUCGCUGUUUCGGACCCUGGGUCAGUAACUGCUGCCAUCGCGAGUGUGCAGGAGGAUGCUCCGGACCCAAGGAUACGGACUGCUUCGCUUGCACCAACUUCAACGACAGCGGGGCGUGUGUGACCCAGUGCCCCCAGCCCCAUGUAUACAACCCCACCACCUUCCAGCUGGAAAGCAACCCCAGAGCCAAGUACACCUACGGAGCCUUCUGCGUCAAGAAGUGCCCACAUAACUUUGUGGUGGACCACAGCUCCUGUGUGAGGGCUUGUCCCAGCAACAAGAUGGAAGUAGAAAAUGACCGCAUCAAGAUGUGCAUCGCCUGCACUGAUAUCUGUCCAAAAGCCUGUGAUGGUAUAGGUACAGCCAGUCUGCAGUCAGCCCAGACUGUGGACUCCAGCAACAUAGACAAGUUCACCAACUGUACCAAGAUCAAUGGAAACCUGGUCUUCCUCAUCACUGGCAUUAAAGGGGAUGUGUACCACAACAUUGAGGCUCUGGAUCCAGAGAAACUGAAUGUGUUUCGGACUGUUAGGGAGAUUACAGGUUUCCUGAACAUCCAGUCGUGGCCAGAGAACAUGACAGACCUGAGUGUCUUCUCCAAUCUGGCAACCAUAGGAGGUAGAGCACUGUACAGUGGUAUCUCUCUCCUAGUGUUGAAGCAACGGUGGAUCUCGUCCCUCCAGCUCCAGUCCCUGAAUGAGAUCAGUGCUGGUAAUGUGUACAUCACCAAUAACAGUCAGCUGUGCUACUACAACACCGUCAACUGGACCGGCCUGUUCAGAGCCAACAACCAGAAGGUCCUCAUACGGAACAACAGAGACCCCAAAGAGUGUACUACUGAGCGGAUGGUGUGUGACCCUCUGUGUUCGGACGCUGGCUGCUGGGGGCCGGGACCAGACCAGUGCCUGGCCUGUCGCUACUUCAGCCGGGGACGCAUCUGUGUGGACACCUGCAACCUCUAUGAAGGGGAGGUGCGUGAGUAUGCCAACGGCUCGGUGUGUGUGGAGUGUGAUUCCCAGUGUGAGAGAGCAGACGAUUACUCUCUGACCUGUCAUAGCCCGGGUCCGGAUCACUGUGUGAAGUGUCUCCACUUUAAAGAUGGUCCUAACUGUGUGGAGAAGUGUCCCGACGGCCUUCAGGGGGCCAUCAGCUUCAUCUUUAAAUAUGCCGAGGCCAACAACGAGUGUCAUCCCUGUCACUCCAACUGCACGCAGGGGUGUAUUGGACCCAGACUGCAGGACUGUAUUGGCAUGAUGGACAGGACUCCCUUGAUUGCUGCCGGGGUGAUAGGGGGCCUCUUCGUCGUGGUCAUUGUGGCUCUGAGUGUAGCCGUGUCUGUCCGCAGGAAGAGCAUCAAGAAGAAGAGAGCCCUGCGACGCUUCCUCGAGACAGAGCUGGUGGAGCCCCUGACACCUAGUGGUACAGCCCCUAACCAGGCCCAGCUCCGCAUCCUCAAAGAGACUGAACUCAAGAGGGUCAAGAUACUGGGCUCGGGGGCCUUCGGCACCGUCUACAAGGGUAUCUGGGUGCCGGAGGGUGAGACAGUGAAGAUCCCGGUCGCCAUCAAGAUCCUGAACGAGGCAACGGGACCCAAGGCUAACGUGGAGUUCAUGGAUGAGGCUCUGAUCAUGGCUAGCAUGGAGCACCCCCACCUGGUCCGUCUCCUGGGGGUCUGCCUGAGCCCCACCAUCCAGCUGGUCACCCAGCUCAUGCCCCACGGCUGUCUGCUCGACUACGUCCAUGAACACAAGGACAACAUCGGCUCCCAGCUGUUGCUCAACUGGUGUGUUCAGAUCGCCAAGGGUAUGAUGUAUCUGGAAGAGCGGAGACUGGUGCACAGGGACUUGGCUGCCCGUAACGUGCUGGUCAAGUCCCCCAACCACAUCAAGAUCACUGACUUUGGUCUGGCUCGGUUGCUGGACGUCAAUGAGAAGGAGUACAACGCUGACGGGGGCAAGAUGCCAAUCAAGUGGAUGGCCUUGGAGUGUAUCCACUACAGGAAGUUUACACACCAGAGUGAUGUCUGGAGCUACGGGGUGACCAUUUGGGAAUUGAUGACAUUUGGGGGGAAGCCCUAUGAUGGCAUCCCGACCCGGGACAUCCCAGACCUGCUGGAGAAAGGAGAGCGUCUUCCCCAACCUCCCAUCUGCACCAUAGAUGUAUACAUGGUCAUGGUCAAAUGUUGGAUGAUAGAUGCAGACAGCAGGCCCAAGUUCAAGGAGCUAGCUGCAGAGUUCUGUAGGAUGGCCCGGGACCCUCAGCGUUAUCUGGUCAUCCAGGGUGAUGACCGUAUGAAGCUGCCCAGCCCCAACGACAGUAAGUUCUUCCAGAGCCUGCUGGAUGAGGAGGAGCUGGAGGAUCUGAUGGAUGCUGAGGAGUACCUGGUUCCUCACGCCUUUAAUAUCCCACCGCUGGCGUACACACCCAGGACACGUGUUGACUCCAACAGGAACCAGUUUUUGUACCAAGACCCUAGUUUCAGCAUGGAAGACAUGUUGGGUACCAUGGGGACCAUCCCACGGGUGCUGUCCCUGUCUGCAGUCCCAGGGUGCAGGCCCCCAGGGGACCCGUCUGUAGGGGGGCAAGGCGGCAGCGGCCAAGAGGAUAAACGUUUCGAGGAUCAGCGCUGUAACGGCACCCUGAGGAAGCAGGCCUCACCCCGGCCUGCGGGACCUCCAGGACAAGGCGGAGCCCCAGCCUCAGGUCCAGGGGAGGACAGCAGUGGACAGCGCUACAGUGCAGACCCCACCAUCAUGCUGGGGGAGAGAGGAGCUAGAGGAGACACAGACCAGGAUGGAUACCUGACCGCUAUGAGGGAGAAGGCCUCCUCAGACUAUCUCAACCCUGUGGAGGAGAACCCGUUCGUGACGCGCCGGAGGAACGGAGACACCCUGACCCUGGACAGCUGUAACCCCUACCAGGUGGCCCCCAUAGGUCCCCAGCAGGCCGGCUCCGGCCCCAGAGUGGAUGACGAAUACGUCAACGAGCCCCUCUACCUCAACACCUUCCACAACCCCGGAGGACCAGGGCCAGGAGAGGGAGACUACACCGAUUAUACCCUGAAAAAGAACGGAGUCCCUGGGGGACACAACGCUAUCCUCGCCACCCUUACCAGCCAACCAGGCACCACUGGCGUCACUGCUGGCCAAUCAGGCACCACCCAGGCAGGGAACCCCUCCCACAGCGUCCAGGCAGCCAACGCCCACGCUGUCUCCGCACAACCGGGAUACGCUGCACCUCCGGGGCUCGGCGCAGCCGGCCCUCACCCAGGGCACAUCCUGCACCCAGGUCACCCUUCCCACCCCGGGUACACCCUCCACCCCGGUCUCACAGGCACCAUCAUGGUGGACAAGAAGACCAGACAAGACAAGAACAAGACGUUUGACAAUCCAGAGUACUGGCAGCAUAGCCUCCCUCCCAAAGCCACCCUGCACAACCCCGAGUACCUGCAGGACUGCAGCACGCGCUUCUUCUACAGGCAAAACGGACGUAUCCGGCCCGCCGUGGCCGAGAACCAGGAGUACCUGACAGAGUUCGCCCUGAAACCCGGGACCGUGCUACCGCCCCCGCCCUACAGACAGAGGAACACUGUGGUGUAACGUGGAGUAGUGAGGAGGACUGGGUGAGAAGAGGAGGAAGACAAGGGGAAGAGGAGGAGUGAGGGGGAUGUACGGAGGAAGAAGGGCAAGAUCGUGGGAGGAUGGGAGGAGGAGAGAGGACUGAGUGUGAGAGGGAGGAGGAGAGAGAAGUGAAGACGGGAAGGAGGAGGAGUGGACAGUCACUCUCACACUCAGUCACGCAGUAUUUACGUAUCAAUGCAUCAACCUUGGUUCCCUCCACCAGCACUGGACUGACACAUCUAUAUCUGUCUGUCUGAUUACAGUAAAUUUACACAGAAAUAUCACAGUAAUAUUAUUGUAAUAUACAAAAUGCUGAGAGCCUCCUACCACCCAUGAACCCAGGACUGAUGAGCACCUCUCUGUCUAUAUCUAUCUGAUUUAUACUGGAUUACAGUAACAUUAUAGUAAUAUACAUACUGCUGAACCCAGGACUAAUGUGCACAUUGCUAGCCUCCCCUUCCACUCAGCCCCUCUUAGCCAACCUUAAUUACUCCUCUACCACACCCACUACUCUUCCUCAGCUCCGCCUCUUCAGUGUUGAUCACACAAACAGGCGCCACCCACUCCUGGGAAACGGUGGACCUCUCUCUCAUGUGACUUUGUCCUCUUCCUGACUCCGACUUUAUACUCCUUUAGACUCCAGCUUCACCAACAACAUCAACAACAACUAUAACAACAGCAGAACGCUAAAGGAACAGUGACAUGUAAUGACUACUGACAGACAAUAACACCCUCCCCCAGAAAAACCCACUACAAGACUAUUGUUUGCUCAUUAUCUUACCUACACUAUUUUAUUAGUAAGAACCAACCAGUAAUUCCCCGUUUAUACACAACACUACACUUGAAGCACCACAUGUUCCAACUGGUUUCAUUUGUAGCAAUCCACCACAACACGUACAGUAAUGUCAUGAGAGCUGUUGGUGGGCAGGACAGCAGGUUCAUAUAAGAGGAAAUGUAUACAUCUGUGUAUACACUGCUGUUCCAUCACUGUCUGCCAAGCCCCAGACACGCCAUUCAUCUGUCUCAUAAUGUGGAGGAUGAAUUCAUGUCCGCUGACUGGACUGACUGGCUGGCUGGCUGACUGGACUGACUGGCUGGUUGACAUGGUUUAAACCCCUCUGAAUACAUAAUGCAAUUCAAUCAUGGAUUGUACAGCACAGCUCAUAUCCUCUAUAACAUGUUCAUUUGUAUCUCGCAAAGAAGGAAGAUGUGCUCCCAACCUUGACACAUCAAUAACCCUGUACAUGUAUGAUAUAGUCACACACACAAACACACACACACACACACACACACACACAGAGAUAGCGUUAGCGUCGUGUGCAUUCCGUUUUGGACCAGGAGCUCCGUUGACCUUGGGUUCUAAAGCAGUGGGGAUAGCACCAGCCAAGACAGUGGGGAUAGCACCAGCCAAGACAGUGGGGAUAGCACCAGCCAAGACAGUGGGGAUAGCACCAGCCAAGACAGUGGGGAUAGCACCAGCCAAGACAGUGGGGAUAGCACCAGCCAAGACAGUGGGGAUAGCACCAGCCAAGACAGUGGGGAUAGCACCAGCCAAGACAGUGGGGAUAGCACCAGCCAAGACAGUGGGGAUAGCACCAGCCAAGACAGUGCAGCAGCAUGAGAAGACAAAGUCACAGCAAGUAAAUGGCAGUGUUAUACUGUAUGUAAAUCUGGAAUGGCCUACGUUGAACACACUGAAAUACAUCAGGCAGAAAGUGCCACAGCCCAGGAUUUACGAGGGAAUGCGCUUAUCAGUAAGGAGAGGAUCUCAACCACCCAGCCAUGCUGUUAUAACUUCUAACCCACAUGACUUCUGAGGCAGACAAAUCUGGAUCUGGAUCGAUGCUGUUAUAGAAUAUAGAUUGGAAACUGCUGUGUGUUGCAGUAUUUUUUAACUGAUAAACCCGGUCUGUCUGUUCGCUCCCCUAUCAGAGCUGGUUACAAAGACCUCAGGAGACAGGACUGAUGAGGUGAUGGGGACUGAAGUUUGAACUGGACUGGAUAGAUAGAUAGACAGUUGGAGGAGAAAUAGAUGGCAGGGUCAUGUUCAUUAUGCACCAAAUGGAAGACAAUGGACUGAAACAGGGAGGGACUACCUGGACAUGUUUUGUUGCGGUGUGAACGUGACCCACGUGUGUGGAGGACUGGAGAAUUCUGGGGCCUGGAUAGGUGGCGGGCAGCAGACACCAGUCUGUCUGGGAUAAGAGAGGCCUUGGGUCUGGUCCUGGGAAUAAAGGAGGAUAACUAAGCCCUGAUGUGGUGGACACAACCAUGGAGGAGAGUCAUUGAGAGUUCUGGUCAAGCUGGAGAGGACAAGCCUGAGAACCUGAUCUGGUCUUGGGUCUGGUCCUGGGAAUAAAGGAGGAUAACUAAGCCCUGAUGUGGUGGACACAACCAUGGAGGAGAGUCAUUGAGAGUUCUGGUCAAGCUGGAGAGGACAAGCCUGAGAACCUGAUCUGGUCUUGGGUCUGGUCCUGGGAAUAAAGGAGGAUAACUAAGCCCUGAUGUGGUGGACACAACCAUGGAGGAGAGUCAUUGAGAGUUCUGGUCAAGCUGGAGAGGACAAGCCUGAGAACCUGAUCUGGUCUUGGGUCUGGUCCUGGGAAUAAAAGAGGAUAACUAAGCCCUGAUGUGGUGGACACAACCAUGGAGGAGAGUAAUUGAGAGUUCUGGUCAAGCUGGAGAGGACAAGCCUGAGAACCUGAUCUGGUCUUGGGUCGGCCAUGGCCAGUGAGGAGUGAACACAUGGACACAUGGAAAUACACAGGAAAUAAACCUAGUACACGCCAAGCAGACUCAUCAUUGGUGGAUAUGCUCUGUGGAAUAAUAUAUUCAUUUUGGGGGGAAAUUGGGGAUGGAUGGCAUCAGAUUUGGACAGUUGAAAUACUCUAAUUAUAUUAUGUCAUGCCAUGAAGAAUAGUAUUGCAACUAGAACAACAUCAAACUGGUCCCUAAAACUAAGACUUUUGCUCCACCCCAAAAUGUCUCUCCCCCUUCAACGUACAGUACAGGGGCAUCCACCCCAAAAUGUCUCUCCCCCUUCUACGUACAGUACAGGGGCAUCCACCCCAAAAUGUCUCUCCCCCUUCUACGUACAGUACAGGGGCAUCCCUCUCCAACAAUUUGCAAUCAAGAUGGGAAAUGAAACUGUGCCAAAACAUUUGGAGAGAUUUCCUUCCUCCACAAUGACAUUUUCAUGAAGAAAAUGCAGGAGCUACAGCAGAUCAAGGACAUUGAACACUUUUCUAUUCAUGUUUGACAAUAAUGACAGUACAGGUAGACAGACGACGUAUCUAUGGAAGGCCAGGUCCAUGUGUUCCACAGAAUACUGCCAGAGGAUUUUUGUUUUUGCUGCUAGUAGAGGGGAAAUACUGUCAAGACAAAAUAAAUAUUUAGAUUUGGGCCUUUUUUAGUUUUGAUAGGACUUAUUAACCAUUUUGGCACAGACAAACCUCUCCAUUGUUUCCCCAGACAGAGGAACAUCAGGUUCUCAAUACAUUUAAAUUUAAUGAUGUAUUAUCUGUUGCAUCGCAGCUAUAGAAAAGGCAGGCAACCUACCCCAUUUCACUGUUAUUUUUCUCAUUGUGGCUUCAGUUUGUACGAUCCAGAGAUGCAGCACUUUAAUGCAGAAGAAGUAAACGAUGGUGGAAGAAGAGAACAAGGACAGUAGUAACGGUCUAGAAGCACUGACAGGAGAACUAGAAGGCUCUCCACUCCAAUGAAAAUAGAAUGAAAUGUCCGGGAGUUUUUGGAGAGGCAUUGUGUUACAUUUUGCUUAGUUUAGCCAAACAUAGAUGUUUCCUGGAUGAUGUGUUUAUCUCCAGUUCUCCUCCUUUAUGAAAAAGAAUGACAUGCCAAUUAAGAUCCAUCUAAUUGGUAGAAUCAUGAAAGUGGUCCUUGUAGACAAAGCUACUUUGGUAGCAUCGCUAAAGAGUUUAAAGUCCUAGCGGACAAAGCUCCAUCGGAAUAACCACAGGAGGAUAUAAGGUCUGUUUAGAUAGCUGAUCACAACGCACUACAGAGUCUAGUGCCUGUCUACAAACCUACAGUGGUAGAAUCACUACAGAGUCUAGUCCCUGUCUACAAACCUACAGUGGUAGAAUCACUACAGUCUAGUCCCUGUCUACAAACCUACAGUGGUAGAAUCACUACAGAGUCUAGUCCCUGUCUACAAACCUACAGUGGUAGAAUCACUACAGAGUCUAGUCCCUGUCUACAAACCUACAGUGGUAGAAUCACUACAGAGUCUAGUCCCUGUCUACAAACCUACAGUGGUAGAAUCACUACAGAGUCUAGUCCCUGUCUACAAACCUACAGUGGUAGAAUCACUACAGAGUCUAGUCCCUGUCUACAAACCUACAGUGGUAGAAUCACUACAGAGUCUAGUCCCUGUCUACAAACCUACAGUGGUAGAAUCACUACAGAGUCUAGUCCCUGUCUACAAACCUACAGUGGUAGAAUCACUACAGUCUAGUCCCUGUCUACAAACCUACAGUGGUAGAAUCACUAUAGUCUAGUCCCUGUCUACAAACCUACAGUGGUAGAAUCACUACAGAGUCUAGUCACUGUCUACAAACCUACAGUGGUAGAAUCACUACAGAGUCUAGUCACUGUCUACAAACCUACAGUGGUAGAAUCACUACAGAGUCUAGUGCCUGUCUACAAACCUACAGUGGUAGAAUCAUUACAGAGUCUAGUCCCUGUCUACAAACCUACAGUGGUAGAAUCACUACAGAGUCUAGUCCCUGUCUACAAACCUACAGUGGUAGAAUCACUACAGAGUCUAGUCCCUGUCUACAAACCUACAGUGGUAGAAUCACUACAGAGUCUAGUCCCUGUCUACAAACCUACAGUGGUAGAAUCACUACAGAGCUUAUAGUCCUUGUGAACUAAGCUACAGUGGAAGAACCAUGUGAGGAUAUUAGGCCUGUUUAGAUGGCUAAGGCUUCUCUUCGGCAACUCUACCUGAGGUUAACACUGUGUGUGUGAUCACUAGUGUCUACUGACUCAACCGGUCCUGUAGACCUAACUCUCUGACAGGACGUUAAUGUGUUGCAUGGACAUAAACACGGUGGCUGUGUCAGAUACCAAGGUACUGCUUGUUUGUUCCUUCUCAUUUUGGAGGUUAAAAUGUCAUUUGUCCUCUGAUUUAAGAUGAUUCGUUUGAGAGCUAACAUUUACUAUAACUGUAUAUAUUGUCCUUGUGUAAAAUAAGUGUAUAACAGUAGAGUGGAAUCUAUACUUUAUCUGGGGAGUUUAUCUGGGCACGUUUUAUCCCAGACUAUGAACAUGGGGAUAUUGGUGUUGGUGCAAUGACAGCCUAUGAGAGUGAUGUUAAGAGGACUUGUGAUGGACCUUACUGGUCAAUUAAAGCCAGUCUACAGGAGAAUACAACACCAGUGCCCUGUGUAUUAAAUACUGAAGCUAAUGAGAAACAAUCCCUUAAGGUAAACCCUUAUUUGAAACCCAUCACAAGGGUCUUUUACCUAGCAGUGUGCUGAUAGCUCUCCUUGUCCUCUAAAGCUGCUCUGUUCUGCUGUUCUGUUCUGUGGGGAAAUCAUAUCACCCAACAUCUCCAAGGAACAUGGUGGAGAUAAAUACUGGCGGACAGGGCAAUAGUUUCCGUCCUAAGGAGGGUAAAAGGCAGAGAUAUUAGCAUUCCACAGAUGUUAGGAGAUCAAUACAUCAGUGUUACAAUAGGUUGUCUGAGAAGCAGCGUUUGGAUGCAGUGCUGGAAGCAGAGGAAGAGACUGGAGUUUUACUUUAUCUCAAAAAAGAUGACUAAAGAAAUGUAUGUAGCGAGCACUGUUGACGUUGAGUGGGUUGUAUUUACAAACGGACUACCAUGAAGCAGUUAAUGAGGAGCAACUUGAACACGACCAAAAUGAUUUUGAAGAAGCGACCGGCGAGGAGUUUCAGAAGUGAGAGUCGUAGAAUCAUAACACUUGAAUGAAUUAUGUCUUCGGGUUGUUUUAGCAAAAUCCUUUAGGUACAAAAGGAGCACAAAUAUUCCCUCUGUUUCAUCUCAACACUGAUUGUGCACACUCAUUUUAAUCAGCAAUGUUGAAACGGUCACAUUUAUUUGAGUCAGCUACUACUGUAUUUACGGUUUUGGGGUAUAAUAGUCCAAAUGGAUGUAACCAUGACAUCUUUAAGAGUAUUGUAAAUUGUGUUAAUGGUGAUGUUUCUUAGUGUAUCUCAAUGGGGGGUUCAUAAUGGCAAUAGAUUGUUGUUUCUUUGACUCUGUUGCUAUGAGAAAGGGCACAGACAUUGUGGUGAAGGCCUCUUUCACACUGUUGUAUCUCAAUGUUACUCUCUCCUGGGUCUCUCCUGGAGUAAAUCCCUCAAGUACAUGAUGGACGGUAUUCCUGUCAUUUCUUACAGUACGAAAUUCAUUUCUAAAGGACAUUUUUGUAAUUAUUAUGGUAUUAAUAUGUACAGUUUGUUCCAAUAAGCCUUGCCUGUUUCCCCAUGGGCUGAAGUAUUCCUUUGCACAUAGAUAGGAUUUAAAUCCCUACAUGUACAACUAAAUACUGUAUGAGAGGCUGCACUCAGUGCAUCUCAGAACUUCACUUAUUGAUACAUACCAGUUAUUAACUAACACAAUAUUCAUACAAUUCAUCAUAUACUAUAACACACAAAAACACUGUACUUUUGUAACACAGCUCACUUUACAGUGGUACUAUUGCGUAUUCCUUCCUUUAAAAUGACAGGAAAAGACAGUAGUUGUAGAGUAAGCACAGUUUACAAUACAUGUUGAUUUGCUGGUAACUAAUAUAUGGGAGGGAAUUUCUUUUUAUGACACACAGGCAUUAUACUGAAUGGCUGUUCUUGAUCAUUUUAAUACCGCUCUUCAACCGAUAAAAUGUGAAUAGUAUUUUUAUAGAUAGUGGAAGUAUUGGCCAGGUGCAUUUGUAAAUAGAGGGAAACAAUACUUUUUGGGCUGCCAUGAUGUUUUUGGUUUCUCUUUUAAUUCUGUCAUAUUACUGCUUUUUGUUGAAUAUUAUUGUGUGUGAUCAGUUUUCUUCUUGGUUUUUAUUUCUGUAUAUAUAUAUAUAUAUAUAUGUCAUUUAACCAGUGAAUUCUGAUUUGAAAAAGCUUGCAGUUUUUCUAGUCCCCGCUGUUGCCCUCGUAGCUGUAUUUAGAACAACUUGGUGGACUUUGUGGUUAAAAACCUCUUGCUCAUAGGGUAGAGGUGCCUUUUCCUUAUUUUGGGUGUAUAUUUCAGUCUCCUCUCCUCCCCCUAUAGCCAUUUUUUGAUUUUGUACAGAAACCACCCACCCAUUGGAGAGAUUGAGGCUCUGUUGCAUUAAUGAUGAAUACUUCUCUAUCCUGCAUCUACUGUAUAUCUCUCUCUCACCAUCAUUUCGUAUCAAUUUAACCGGUAUUCAUAAUCAAUAUGUAUUUCAUUCCUAUCUGUGGUCUGAGGAAGCACUAUGGGCCUUGGAUAAAGCGUACAUACUGUACCCACAGACACAAUUUAACAAACACAUAUAGCCUUUGCUCUUCUUGGGCAGCCACAUGAUGCUAGAUUGACUGGUAUCCCUCGUAUCUCCAGUCAGAACCCUGACCCCUGCUCUCUGAUGGUGGAAUUGGGUAAACCAAAUAGCUUUUUGCCUGGAUUAUAUUGUAGAUUUAAAUUGACAUAUUAGUCUGUUGGUCUAUGGAUAUUGGUUUGGUUUAUUGAAUUGGUUCUUCAUGAUUUCAUUGAUUGGUUGAUUGGGAUUUAUCUGACUGUAGUCUAGAAUGUCUGGCCCUGGUCCUAGACCUGUUCCUGGCCCUAGUCCUGGUCCAAGUACUGGUCUUAGUCCUGGUCCUGGUCCUAGUACUAGUCCUGGUCCUGGUCUUAGUCCUGGAGCUGUCCUAGACCUGUUCCUGGCCCUAGUCCUGUUUCUGGCCCUGGUCCAAAUCCUGGUCCAAGUCCUGGUCCUGGUCUUCAUCCUGGUCCUGGCCCUAGUCCUGGUCCUGUUCCUGGCCCUAGUCCUGUUCCUGGCCCAAAUCCUGGUCCUGGUCUUAGUCCUGGAGAUGGUCCUAGAUCUGUUCCUGGCCCUAGUCCUGGUCCUAGUCCUGGCCCUAGUCCUGGUCCUUGUCCUGGUUCAGGUCUUAGUCCUGGAGCUGGUCCUAGACCUGUUCCUGGCCCUAGUCCUGGUCCUAGACCUGGUCCUGGAGCUGGUCCUAGACAUGGUCCUGGUCCUAGUCCUGGUCCUGGAGCUGGUCUUAGACCUGUUCCUGGUCCUAGUCCUGGUCCUAGUCCUGGAGCUGGUCCUAGACCUGUUCCUGGUCCUAGUCCUGGUCCUAUUCCUGGAGCUGGUCCUAGACCUGUUCCAGGUCCUGGUCCUAGUCUUGGUCCUAGUCCUGGAGCUGGUCCUAGACCUGUUCCUGGUCCUAGUCUUGGGUCAGGCAUCAGACAGAGCUGUAGCAGCAGAGCCUCUGAUGUUUGGCUGAGGUUCCAUGGAGGAGAGCUCUACUCUCUUUCCAUCCCUUUGCUUUACAGCAUGUUAUUGUCUGAAUCCACUUCAGCGCUGCUUCCAACUGAACGUUUUACCAUUCCCAAGGCUAUAACAUUUAAAUACUUUUCCCGCAGUUUUGUUACAUGAAUCUGUCAAAAAUAUAUUUUUAAUUUAAUAUGAAUAAAGAUCAAUACAAUAUUUAAA